AUACAGAUGUUGUUUCUGUUUUGUUGUUGCCUAAUGAACAUGGCAAAGAAUAGCGCCCGUAUCAUCUAACCACUAUACAUAACUGAGUUUCACACGUCGUACCUGCAUCGUGGACUUCAACACCAGGCAAUACAUUGGAUAUAUCAAUCACCAACGGCCUACUUGUUCAGAAAAGCACUUCUCACCGGUCUCUAUCAAUUGAACCUCGUAGACAAGACAACAAACAACAUGGCACCACUUCGAUCUGCAAGAGGCGAGGGACCCCUCCGUGGCGUCCUCGCCUUCAAUACUCUCCCCUCAUUCAUCCUCCUGGUCGUGAUCCUUUCAACCUCCAAUCGAUAUAACUAUAACUACUACGGUUACGAUAAUAGAGAUUUCAAUGGCUUCGGUAUUCCCGUCCUUCUGACUACGGUUCUCUCUGCAAUCACAUCAGUUGCAUUUUACGCCGCCAACCGAAAGCAGAGCUCCGUUCACAACAACGAGCGAAGGGUCAACCUCCUCUGGCGGAUCUUGCUUUCCCCCCUCGUUGACCUCACUGCAUUUGGUCUAUAUGUCGGAUUUCUCAUCCCCUUUAUGUCCCGGGAGCUCUCGAGACUGCAGUGGAGUCGUGCCGCAGGCGUUGCAGAGUCCUUCUUCAUUCCAUUCGUCUUCGCCAACAUGUACAUCCACGCCUACUUCGCACUCCACCACCUGAUCACCUUCAUUGGCAGCAUCGCCGACUACUGCAAGUUCUGCAAGAAGUCCGAGGUCGAGUGCCCCAACUGCGGCCACAACGUCGCGGCGCGUCCCGCUUCCCAAGCUACCAGGACCGUCGGUGGCAGCGGCGGCCACGCGUACACUGCGCUCGCCGAGACCGGGUUCAGGGACGAGGAGGAGGCUGGUGCGGGCGCAGAUGUCAAUGCUAAUGCUAACGCUGCUGACAAUCAGAACGAGGGCGGCAAUGCUGAUGUCAUUGCUGAUGGUGACCUCGAUGAGGAUGCUGUGCCGAGGGAGAGCUUGGAGACGAGGGUUGGUGAGGAGACGGCUUUGUUGAAGGUGUGAGGGGGUGGACUUGGGGGUCCACUCACUUCGAGAGGACUAGGGGGUUUAGGGACGUUCAAGUGUAUGGUCGUUGCGUUGUUGCCU